CAGAUCUCCAGCACCCUGUCCUGGAGCCUGUACGAGCUGUCGCGGCACCCCGGGGUGCAGGCGGCGCUGCACCGGGAGGUGGUGGCGGCGCUGGGCCCCGGCCACGAGCCCCCCGCGGCCGCGCUGGCCCGCAUGCCCCUGCUGAAAGCCGUGGUCAAGGAGACGCUGAGGCUCUACCCCGUCAUCCCCAGCAACGCCCGCGUGGUCCCCGACCGAGACAUCCGCGUGGGCGACUUCCUGGUGCCCCGCAAGACCCUCAUCACCCUGUGCCACUACGCUGCCUCCCGCGACGGCCGCUUCUUCCCGGCGCCCGACGCCUUCCGGCCGGAGCGGUGGCUGCGCCGCGGCCCCACGCACCACCCCUUCGCCUCGCUGCCCUUCGGCGUGGGCAAACGCAGCUGCGUCGGCCGCCGCCUGGCCGAGCUGGAGAUCCACCUGGCCCUGGCGCAGAUCCUGCUGCGCUUCGAGGUGCGCCCGGAGCCCGGGGGUGCCCCGGUGAGGCCCAUGACCCGCACCCUGCUGGUCCCCGAGGCCAGCAUCAACCUCCAGUUCCUGAGCCGCCGGGGGGGGCACGCGGCCGGGACCCUCCCGUCCCCACCCCCGUGACGUCCCCACAGGGCCCCCGCCGCCUUAUUUAACGCCCGAGGGCGCCCUUUAUUUAUUGCUCCUGCGGAGACGCGCUGGCCCCUCGUGUGCCCGGCUUAUUUAAAGCUUUAUUUAUUGAU